CUGUUGUCAUCGGAGAUGAUUGAACGCCGAUGGCCAGCCACAGAUUUUCUGAAAAGAAGAAGUGAUUUUUACUCAUCACAGACUGGAAGUUUAUCAGCGAUAUGAAGAGGGAGAAAAAAACGGACCAGGAUACCAAUGAAGAUGCUCCCACAUCGUGAGAUGUGUCCUGCUCAGCUCUCCAUGGACCCCUGAGUUUCUCAGAGACAACACCAGAUCCGCACGGCAGCGAUGUCGGUCUCAACGGUUUUGGCGAAGGCGCUGUACGACAACACGGCGGAGAGCCCGGAGGAGCUGGCCUUCCGGAAAGGCGACAUCUUGAUGGUUCUGGAGCAGGAGCAGAACGGCGGGCCGGGCUGGUGGCUCUGCUCGCUGCACGGCCGGCAGGGCAUCGCCCCCGCCAACCGCCUGCGCCUCCUCCAGACGGCCCCGCCCCCCGGCUCGGACUCGGUCUACCUCUCCCCCGGCCCGCCGCUCGCCCGCACCGCGGACGACGUGGACGGAGUGUACCGCUCUCCGCCGGCGGCCGGGGAGGGGCGGGGGGGAGGAGGAGGAGGAGCGGCUGCCAGAACCGGGGAGCUCCGCAGGGUGGAGGGCGGGCGGCCUCGCUCGCACUCCAGCUCCGGCACCCGGCCCCGGCCCGACUGGGACAUCGGGGUGGUGGGCCGGCCUCGCUCGCCCUCCCUGAGGGGGCGGGGCACGGACAUGACGGGAUCGCUUUAUCAAAGCCCGGCCAGCCCCCUCCCUGCGGCGGCUCCUCCGGGGAGGAAGCCGGGCGGCCCGGCGGCCCCGGAGUCCGUCUACCUGGCCCCCAGCGGGGUGCCCAGGGCGGCCGACGAGCCGGAGGACACUACAUAUCUCGUUCCUAGAGAAACACUAACGGCGGCGUACUCGGACGACUGUUACCUGGUGCCCAAAGGGACGCCGCUCGCCAGCGAGGAAGUUUACCAGUCCCCCACCGGAGGUGCUAUGACCUGUAACGGGCCUCCCGUGACCCCACAAUCCAAGGACACGCCGGGAGCGAGCCUCCACCGGGCGCCCGCCACAGUCCUGGCCCACCACCACCCCUCUCAGGCGUCCCCCCGCCCCAUGCUGAAGGGAGUCCCCCCGAACGCCGCCGCCACCGCCCGGGGCAAACCCGGCCUGGCCUGCCACCGCGGCUCCCCCCUGCUGAUCAGGGCGGGCCAGGCCAGGGCGCCGGGAUCCCCCAACUUUGCCCGGAAGCCCCCUCCGCCCGCGCCGCCGGUCAGAUCCGUCACCAGGAAGGACGGCGAGACCAAGCCCACCGCUCAGGUGCCGCCCUCGGGCCCGCAGCAGGACGAGGACAAGCAGGGGCCCGAAGUCCGGCCCAGUAACGGCCUGGAGAAGAGCCGCAACGCGUACAACAAGCUGGGAGAGAAGCAGGAUCCCUCCGACCAGCUCAACGAACAGGUGUACGACACCCCUCCCAGUGGCAGGUGGCAGCAUCCCGUCCCAUCUGUUGCGGGCGGCGGCAGCGACGACGGCAUCUACGACACCCCGCGCAGCGUCCCCCCCGCAGCCGACUGCGAGGCCGAGGUCUAUGACGUCCCAACAAUCACUCUGAACAUGUCCACGGCGGACGUUCAGCCCGAUGAAGCCGAUGAUGAAGUGUACAGCGUCCCCACGCUGCCCGGCCUGCCUCUGGGCCCCGGGGAGAACGGCGGUGAGGACGGCGCGCUGCUCGCCGUGCUGGACAAGCGAGCCAGCGGCGGCGACAAGCGAGACUCCUCUGAGCCCGACUGCGGCAUCUACGACAUGCCGGCCCUGACCAUGGAGAUCCUCCCCCACUCGUCCUCGUCCUCCUCCACCUCCACCCGCCGCCUCUCCGUCUCCAGCAACGGCUCGGGCGACGUGCAGUGGCGGGCGUCGCUGUCCGGCCUGGUGCACUCGGUGCUGAGCGCCGCCGCCACGCUGACGUCCCGGGACCUGGCCGCCUCCCUGGCCGAGAUCCUGUCCUCGUGGAAGGCCAGCCACUCGGCGGAGCCGCCGCCGCCGCUGCAGCAGGCCUGGGCGCGCCUCUCGGACCUCCUCCCGGCGCUGUCCGCCGCCGGGAGCGCCCCUCCGUCCGAGGGCCUCCUGUCGCUGGUGCAGCGCUCCCUGGAGGAGAGCGCCCUCCUGCUGCAGGCGCAGGGCCGGCCCCGCCUGCCCUCCCAGGAGUCCCUGUCGCGGCGGCCGCUGCCCGCGCUCCCGGUGCCCGACGGGAAGCCGUCCGGGAUGGGCUCCCGGAAAGGGAGCUGGAUCCAGGAGAGGCCGCUGCCGCCCACCCCCCAGCCCGCCUUCACGCUGCCCCCCACCCCGUCCACCGUCACGCUCACGGUGGGCCCCGUCGACGGAGAAGAGGACCCCAGCAACGAGUACACCGGGAUCGGGUUGACCCCGGUCCCGGCCCCGCCGCCCAGCGGGGACAGCGUGGGAUACGUCAAACUGCAGGGUAAACCGGAGCCGCCUCCUGACGUCCUGGCUGAGAACGGACAAACCAUCACUGCCGACACAAGGCUGACCCCGUCCCCUCCCCUGCCGGGGACCCUCUCCCUGGAGGACUCGGAGCUGCUGUCCUUCUACUCGUCUCAGAGCCUGGCCCACCUCUCCUGCCUGGCGGACGCCAUCGACGUGCUGUUCAGCAGCGUGCAGGGCAACCAGCCGCCCCGCGUCUUCGUGGCGAGGGGCAAGAGCCUCAUCGUGACGGCCCACAAGCUGGUGUUCAUCGGCGACACGCUGUCGCGCCUCCUGACCUCGGCGGACCUGCGGUCCAAAAUCACCACCUCGGGCGGGCGGGUCUGCCAGGCCUUGAAGGCAGUUGUCGUGGCAACGAAGGGCGCCGCGCAGAACUACCCGUCGGUGUCGGCCUCGCAGGAGAUGGUGGACCGCGUGGCCGAGCUGUCGCAGCAGGCGGCCGGCUUCUCCACGCUGCUGCAGCGCCUGGCGGAGAUCUCCUCCUGAUACCCCACGCCACAGACUCCACACCACACGUCUGCUCUCUCCUCUCGAAAUGCCUUAUUUGUCGUUGGACUCUUUCCGUUGGCCUGAGAUCCUGCGGUCCGGCUGCAGCUGCUCCUCAGCUGCUCGGUUCUUUCCUCUCCUCCAAGUGUGUGUUGGUGUGCCUUUUGUUUAUAUACUGACUCCCGUGCUUUGAAGCCAGGCACGCUUGUUUUAAGUGUUAACUUAUUGAAUAUUUGAAGCCCCCUCCGUGGUUUGAGUUGUCUGCGUGGACUGUUUAUUUUGGAAGCUUUGCUUUAAUGCGCUCGCCAUCGUUUCUUUCAUAUGAUAGCCAUUUUCCCUUCCUUCCUCUAUUUAUUCAGCCAUUCCCCCCCUCCCUCGUUCCAAAAAUAGCACAGAAAGAGGCCUUACAUCCUGGUGUCGGCCUGAUUUUUGGCCUUUUUGUCUUUCCCAUUCAGAAAGCUGAUGAAGCAGCACGCCGAGAAGCGAAGCGCUCGGCUUCCGGCCUCCGUGGGUGUGUGGCGUGUUUGUGUCGUGCCCAUUUCUACCUACAGUCGUCGUUCACUUUGCAUUUCUGCAGUCUUGUGAAGUCUCGUGGAAGAAGAAGAAAAAAAACAAUCAAAGUCCCUCGUAACGGAGAGCGUAAUAAAAACACGCUCUAUGGACCGUUGGAUUGGGACGCUGCCUCAUCCUGUUCGUUCUCACAGUCAUGUGUUUUCCUGGCAAAGGAUAAGAAACCUGUUCACCGGGUUCACCUGUCUGCACUCGUCCUGUUGUGACCUGCAUUGUUAACUUUUCUGAUCCUCACAUCCCACGGAUGACAAAAAAUACCCGUCAUCUGCUUUCACUCUGACCUGCUGUGACAGUUUCUCAAGCAGAAGAUGCUUCUAAAUUUCAUUUUAGAGCAUAGCAGUGUAAAAAUGUGAAGAUCAACACAUCAAUAGAUGACAAUUGUGCUUCUUUUCAGACUAUGACCACUCGGCCCUUAAAAAAAAAAAAGCAUCUUUUUAUACUAAAAUUGGGCACAUUUUCAUUCAAAAUCCAUUAAAA